AUGACCCAAGAUGAUACAUCCGUGAGUACCAGCACGACAAUGGAUAUAGAACAAACCUCCACGAAUGACGAGCACAAGUUUCUCAAGCCAGCGCCCGAUGCAGACGAAGCAAUUAAAGCUUUUGAGCAACAGCAAGGCCAAACGAUCGAAAUAGACGAAGCGACUAAUCGUCGUCUCGUGAAAAUUAUCGACUGGCACAUGAUGCCGUUAAUGUGUUCUGUCUAUGCCAUGAAUUACCUCGACAAAACUACGUUAUCAUACGCCAGCGUCAUGGGUCUCAAAGAGGACCUCGGUCUGGUACAUGAUCAGUACCAGUGGCUGGGCAGUUUGUUCUACUUUGGAUAUCUUGCUUGGGAAUAUCCAACCAAUCGGUUGCUACAGCUUUUACCGCUGGGUAAAUACUCGGCUGCUUGCAUUAUCAUCUGGGGUACGAUUCUUAGCUGCUUCGCGGCGGCCAGGAACUACCCCGGAGCACUUGCGAUUCGCUUCUUCCUCGGUGUGUUUGAAGCUGGGGUGACGCCUGGGUUUGCGCUGUUGACUUCUCAGUGGUACACAAGACCCGAGCAAGGCAAACGCGUAAACAUCUGGUACAGCUUCAACGGCUGGGGCCAAAUAGUCGGCGGCUUAGUAGCCUACGGCAUUGCCGUAGGCAGUAAGAACAACGGCUCCCUCAUUGCACCCUGGAAGAUCGUCUUCCUCUUCACAGGACUGCUUACCGUCGCCCUCGGCUUCCUCUUCCUCUGGGUCAUCCCAGACAACCAGCUGAACGCUCGCUGGCUCAAAAAAGAAGAUCGCAUCCUAGCCAUUGCACGUGUGCGUGCCAACCAGCAGGGUAUCAACAAAGAGUUCAAAUGGUAUCAAGUCAAAGAGGCACUAACCGACCCAAUGACAUGGGCUUUUUUCUUCUUUGCCCUUUUCGCCAAUAUCCCUAACGGGGGCAUUACCAAUUUCUUCAGUCAGUUGAUCACGAGCUUCGGGUAUACCAAAGAGGAAAGUCUACUAUACGGCACGCCUGCUGGCGCAGUCGAGGUAGUUGCACUUGUGUUGAACGGGUUUAUCGGUGACAAGACGCGUCAACGGAUCUUGUCUAGUAUCGGUGGAUUGAUAGCUGCUGUUAUCGGUAUCAUUCUCAUGGUUUCAUUGCCACUGGAUAACCACGUCGGCCGGUUGAUCGGGUACUACAUGACCCAGGCUUACCCUACAGCCUUCGUGGCUCUGUUAUCACUGAUCUCUUCUAAUGUUGCUGGGUAUACAAAGAAGACUACCGUUGCUGCACUGUACUUGAUUGGAUACUGUGUGGGGAAUAUUAUAGGUGAGGAAUGGAAGACCCGGAUUCAUGACUACUUCCAGUCGCCAGAAUAUGAGAAUAUGCUAACCUUGUUAGGUCCAUUGACGUUCCGUCCUGAGGAUGCUCCACGCUAUGUCUCGGCUGAGAUUGUAAUCAUAGCCUGUUGGGGUAUGUGUCUGUUCAUCCUGCUGUUCGUCCGGUGCUGGUAUAACAGGGAGAAUCGACGCAAGGCAGAUCUUGUCUCGCAGUCGGAUUAUGUCCAUGCGGAGAAUCGGGGGUGGCUUGAUCUUACGGACCGUGAGAAUCAUGAAUUCAUCUACACACUAUGA